AUGUUGCUCACCACCCCUAGUGCCGGUUGGGGGGUCCAUUCCCUGGCCGCCUCUCUGGCCUCGCGCCCUGUGGGCCCCGUCCACGCCUCUCGCGGCCAGCAGCCCGCCACAAGGCAGGCUUCCAAACCUGCUCCUCUCCGCCCCGAUACCCUUGACGCCCCUUCCGCGGCGAACAGCCUUCUCAAGCGCCCGACGCCGGCUUCGCCCGUUGAAGCUCCGCGCUUGUUCGACCUCGACCCGUCUCCAUCCCCUCCGUCGACGCCCACCAGCCCCGUCUGCCGCUGGGGUGGCGACCCCGACAAGGACACCCGCGGCGUCACCGACGAGGACAUCGCCCUCGCCCUCGCCUGCGCCGAGUUCACCAGUGGCGACGCCCUGCACGCACUGAUCGCACAAGUGGCGCUAUCCACCAUCCCCGGCGUCCUGGUCGACUCCCGCGAUCCCAGCAAAGAAGUCGAGGAGGCGAUCUUUGGCGCCUGCUAUACUGUUCCUGCACCAUCGAGGAGUUUGUAUGCACUCUCUUCGUCGUCAUCUUCGAUCUCCACCGCCUCCUCUUCCUCGCUCUCCGCCGUCUCCUCUUCCGAUUCCAUGUCUUCGUUGCCUCGCGAGCUCGAGGACAAGAUGCUCCAUGACUGGGCAGAGGAACGCGUCACCGGUUUCUGCCUCAACUCCACACUUCUCCAAGGCGCAAACACGACCAUUGAGCGGGCGCAUCCUGUUGAGCCAACGCUCCACUACAGCCUCCUCCGCCACAAGUGCGAGCUCGAGAUCAACGACAGGUGCGAGCGCAUCGGCAGAUAUGCCCCGUGCUACACCAGCCCCGUUCUUCUCGAUGAAGGCUGCACGCUGUACGGACGCCGCAUGCAAGAGAAUCUCUCUCGCCCCGGCCGAUCUCCACUCUCCUCCGAUUUCCUUUCCUCUGUCGCUUGA